AUGGUUUCGGAUUUCAGAAAAAAGAAGUUGUUGCUAGUUUUCCAAGUGUUUUUUGACACUGACAAGAGUGGCACUAUCGAGAAGUCAGACUUCGAGAAGUCCGCGGAAGGAUUAGCCAAAGCCCGAGGAUGGGCCCCAGGCAGCCCUGCCUUAGAAGUAGCAAAGGAGCACCUCACUAAUAUUUGGAAUGGACUCCAGAAGGCAGCUGAUAUAGACGGAGACGGAAAAAUAACUCAAGAAGAAUGGCUAUCGCUAUGGGACAAAUACGCUCAGACUUCUACACCUCAGGAAUGGCAGGAUGUUUUUUGCAAGAGCCUUUUCCACGUCCAAGACUCGGGCGGCGAUGGCGCGAUCGACGCUGAAGAGUACUCAACUGUUCAACAGUCUUUUGGCAUAGAUAAAGCUCAGGCUGUUGAGGCGUUUAAAAAGAUGGCUCAAGGUAAAGAUUCGAUAACAUGGGCGGAGUACCAGACUUUAUUUAAAGAGUAUUUCACGAGUGAUGACCCCAACGCCCUAGGAAAUUGUAUCUUAGGUCAACCGAGUUUCUAA